GGGGUGGGGGGGGAGGGGGGAAGGACGACGUGGAGGAGGAGUUUUUUUUUUUUUUUUUUUUUCCCCGGUGGUUGUUUUGGACACGCUGGACGCGGUGCGGGAGCAGAAGCAGCAACAGCAGCAAGCGGACGCCGCCGUGUUCCUGCUUCGCCGCUUGAACGCCAUGGAACCGGCCUUCGGCGAGGUCAACCAGCUGGGCGGCGUGUUCGUCAACGGCCGUCCGCUGCCCAACGCCAUCCGGCUGCGCAUCGUGGAGCUGGCGCAGCUGGGCAUCCGCCCGUGCGACAUCAGCCGCCAGCUGCGCGUCUCGCACGGCUGCGUCAGCAAGAUCCUGGCGCGCUACAACGAGACCGGCUCCAUCCUGCCCGGCGCCAUCGGCGGCAGCAAGCCGCGCGUCACCACGCCCGCCGUGGUCAAGCACAUACGGACGUACAAGCAGCGCGACCCGGGCAUUUUCGCCUGGGAGAUCCGCGACCGGCUGCUCGCCGACGGCGUGUGCGACAAGUUCAACCUGCCCUCGGUCAGCUCCAUAAGCCGCAUCCUGCGCAACAAGAUCGGCAACCUGGCUCAGCAGGGCCCCUACGAGGCGGCCAAGCAGCCGCCGCAGGCCCACGCGCACACGCACCCGCACGCGCACCCGCACGCGCACCCGCCGCAGCCCGCCGCCCUGCCCUACAACCACUUGUACUCCUACCCGGGCUCCAAGGUGGCCACGCCGCCGGGCGUGCCCGCGCUCCCCGGACACAUGGCCAUGCACCGGAUAUGGCCCUCGUCGCACUCGGUCACCGACAUUCUGGGGAUCCGAUCCAUUACCGAGCAGCAAAACGCCGAGUGGCUUGCGCACAGCGAGCAGCUGUGCCACAGCACCCAGCAUCCCGGCCUCCCGACGGCCCACCACCCGAGCGCCAGCCUCCACGGGGUACAGCGGCACCACGUCGGCCUCUGUGACCGCACACACAUGGCGGCGGCCGCCGCCGCCGCCGCCGCCGCCGGGCAGUGGCAGCUGUGACGGCGGCUCGCCGGACUCGCCAGGCAGGGACGCCGUCACCCGUUGGCGAAGACAUCCGCCAUGACUGCUUUUCUUAAAUGAAGGACCACAGGAUUUUAUUUUUUUCAACUUUUUUGACGUAAUUGUUGAACUUCCGACGUGGCUGCGAACGCACCACGGAAUACUCCGCGACAGGUGGACCGAAAUUGGCAUUCCACGCGCAUGCGCAGACCUUCAAUCGACGCUCCAGAUGGAAGAGGGAAAAUGUUGCUUUCAGGGUGCUUCUUAAUGGUAUUUUCUACUUUUAUAUGAUUUUUGUUUAUUGCAGCGACGAUUCCCAACCUUUGAGCCAAGGCACAUAUUUUACAGUUGAAAAAUAGCAUCUCAGCAACUUCAAGCAAAUAUAUCUUUAACUAGAUAGCUGACUAGAUAGCAUAACAUAUAGAUGGCUACAACCACUGACUGCAAACGUUACAUUCAUUGUACAAACAACGAUGAAAAAAAAUGAUCGUCCCAAGAUUUUUCAAAGCAAACAAAAAAAAGAGAAGGGAAACCAAGAACUUAAUUGCUGAUACCUUAAAAGAUGCUUUGAUUUAUCAUCGUAGCACCUGAUACAAGGGUCGUGUUUCAAGACGGGACUUUAGGCUGCAGGCAUUUGGAACUGAAAAAUACAGUACUUCAAGGGGAGCUCAAAUCAAAACAUUUUCUUUGCUCCCACUAGUCUAAGGACCAAAAUAAUGAUUAUUCUUCCUCCUCCUCCCCCACCAAAAUGUUUUUUUUCCGCCUCACUUUCAAAUUUCUCCUGCAGGUCGAAUUAAAGACUCCGGUUUUGGCCCGUGUUAGAAUUGGAACAAAUGUCACAAACUGAUUCACAGGUGAAGAAUCUUGCGUACCUCCUGCCAUGGAGUGAAAGAUUUGUGUCACUAUCCAUAAACGGCAUAGAUAGCUGAACAAAGCUAGAUUAUUUUGGAGCAAUGAAGGAUAUCAGAUUCUUUUCUUUCACAUCAAUGUGCCAGGGCGCACUGGUUGGGAAUCACGGUAUUACACAGCAUUGCCCCCCCCCCCCCCCCCAUCCCCCCGCACUCCAAAACUUGAGGAAAAAUCAAACACCCCACCCCCCGAAAAAUCGACUUUCCCCCCUUCUCAUUGUGUUUAUUAUUAUUUAUUAGAACCCAAAGCACGUAGAAUGAAGUGCAAUUAGCCGUAAAGACUUACAAUUGGCGUAUGUACGUCCGUUGUCGCCGGACUUGAACAACGACAACGGACACACGAUGUUGCACAAUGAAAUUGAAUGUAUCUUAUUAAAUUGUUUGGCUGUUAUGGA